AUGCCAGAAAAAUUAUUAAAAGAAGAAAAUAAAAAAGGAGAUAAAGAUCGAGAAAUAAUUCUUCUUGGAUUAUUAAAUUUAGAUUCUUUAUAUGGUGAAAAUUGGUUUCAUGAAAAAGAAAAUAUAAAAAAAGAUAUAGAAAAUAAAGCUGUGAAAUUAAAUCAAGCUUUUAAAUAUCCAUCCAUUUUUUAUGAACACUUUGAAUUCUUAUCAUCUGAUGAAUAUAAUUAUGUAAAAAAUAAUUAUAUAUACAGUGCAAUACUUAUAUAUAACCCUAAUAUUAAUAAUAAACAUAAUAAUGAAAAAAAAAAAAAUCAAGGAUCAAAAAUUAAAAGUUGUCAUAAUGAAGUGGUAGACUCAAAUGAAAGUCAAGAGAAUACAGACACACAAGAUUUAAAUGAACAAAUAAAAAAUGAAAAAAAUGAAAAAAAUGAACAUGUGGUUGAUUCAAAGGAUGAACAUGUGAUUGAUUCAAAAAAUGAUAAUGUGGAUCAUUCAUCAAAUGAACAAGUAAAUCUUUCAAAAAAUAAUUCUAAAGAUUGUCUAAAUAAUGAUGAAAAACGUGUCGAUGGCAAUCAUGAUAAAAAAAAAGAAGGUAUAGGAGUACUUGUUGUGACUUGUAAAAAAAUGGAAAAAAUAAAAAUGAAACAUAUACUUAUAAAAAUGUUAAAAAAAGAAAUAAAAGUAGAAUCGGUUGUUCUUAAAUAUAAAGAAAAUAUACCUCAUCUUCCAAAAUCUAAUAAUGAAAAUAAACAAAAACAAACAGAAAUUAAAUAUCUUGAUAAACAAGAAAAUAUCUCUUCUCCUUUUAUUUUAAAUAACAAUUUCGACGUCAAAAGAAAUAAUUUUUUCAACAUGACAGCUUAUAUAUAUGGCUCGUCAAAUAUUCUGACAAACACCAGUCUCAUACAGAGAGAAUACUGUGAUGAUGAGUGGGCAGAAAAAUUAAGAAAAACGAAAAAAGAAAAACAAGAAAAUAAUCAAAGUACUGAUAGUUUUUCCAAUAAUAUAUUAAUUAGGUCCUUCACCUCCUUGUUCAAAAAAUAA